GAAGUUAGUUCCUUCAGUUCUCGAUUCUGCGUGGCUUUGCAAACAUGUCGCGCUCUUGGUUGGUUUGCCUUUUGGCCCUUCUUGUCUGCCUGGUGGCCCUGACGCAGGGUCUUCCCCUCCAGGAGGAUCAGGACGAGAAGAGCGUUCCCGACGGUCGCAUUGUGGGUGGCUAUGUGACGGACAUUGCCCAGGUUCCGUACCAGAUUUCCCUGCGCUACAAGGCCAUUUCCACGCCGGAGAACGCCUACCGUCAUCGCUGCGGUGGUUCCAUUAUGAGCGCAACUGAGAUCAUGACGGCGGCGCACUGUGUCAUCGGUACGGUGGCAAGUCAGUUUAAGGUGAUUGCCGGGACAAACUAUCAAACUGGUUCCGAUGGCGUCAUUACCAACGUUAAGGCUAUCUAUAUGCACCAGGAGUAUUACUCAGGAGCGGCCUACAACAACGAUAUUGCCAUUCUCGUUGUGGAUCCUCCACUACCCCUCAAUAACUUCACCAUCAAGGCCAUCAAGUUGGCCUCGGAACCACCGCUAGAGGGAACGAUCAGCAAGAUUAGCGGCUGGGGAACCACUUCACCCGGUGGCUACUCCUCGAAUCUUCUCCUCGCCGUCGAUGUGCCGAUCGUGAGCAACGAAGUGUGCGAUCAGGACUACGAGGACUUUAUCGAUGAGACUUACCACAUCACUCCAGUCAUGCUGUGCGCCGGAAAGCGGGGAGUCGGUGGUGCGGAUGCCUGCCAGGGAGAUUCCGGAGGACCCUUGGUGGUGCGGGAUGAGCUCUAUGGCGUCGUGUCCUGGGGCAACAGCUGCGCCCUGGCCACCCAUCCCGGCGUAUAUGCCAAUGUGGCUACCCUGAGGUCCUGGAUCGAUGCCAUUAGGGCAGAGCUGCAAAUGCCGCCCCAGCAGGGUGAAAAUUGGCAAUUCUUAACCAGUUCGAUAGGAACCUCACGCUCGUGCAAAUCGUCGGAAGGGAUCAGGACCAUGUGCAUUCCGCUACUGCUGCUGGCCAUUGGGUUCUCAUCCAUUUUAUCCAUUAAUGGACUGACCCAACCGGAGGGCAGGAUUAUCAAUGGCACUACGGUGGACAUAGCCCGUCAUCCGUAUCUGGUCUCCAUUCGGUAUCGCCGGGAUGAGGAGUCAAGCUACAAGCACGAGUGUGCCGGAGUCAUCAUCUCGGAGCAGGCAUUGCUCACCAGUGCCCAGUGCAUUGUUGACUUGCCCGAGGGCACUAAGCUCUUGGCUGUGGCUGGAGCAAAUACCCGCAAUGGAUCCGAUGGAUUUGUUUACCCCGUUGCCAACUGGACCCAUCAUCCGAACUACGAUCCUAUCACAGUGGACAAUGAUAUCGGCGUCCUCCUGCUGGACACUCCCUUGAACCUCACGCACUUUGGAAUCAGCUCAAUUGCCAUCCGUCCGGAGCGUCCGGCAGUGGGUCGUUUGGCUACCGUGGCCGGAUGGGGCUAUCGGGAGGAGUGGGGUCCCUCCAGCUACAACCUGGAGCAGACGGAAGUUCCUGUCGUAAGCUCAGAGCAGUGCAUCCAGAUCUAUGGCGUGGGUGAGGUCACCGAAAGGAUGAUCUGUGCGGGUUUUGUGACCCAGGGCGGCAGUGACGCCUGCCAAGGAGACACCGGUGGACCCCUAGUCAUCGAUGGCCAGCUGGUGGGUCUGGUGUCCUGGGGACGCGGAUGCGCCCGACCCAACUACCCCACCGUCUACUGCUACGUGGCCAGUUUUGUGGAUUGGAUCGAGGAGACCAUAGCAGCUGCUGGAGCGCAAUAAACAUUGGCAUUUUCGCGGCAAUCGAUACGCUAUCUUCAAGUGGCUAACGCCCGAAUAGAGCUACCUAAUUCAAUAAAAAACCGUAAUCAAACAAACGAUA